AAUCUUUCUUAUUGAUUAGGUUGUUAAAUUUGACCAACCUAAAACCUAAUGCCGUGUAUUGUAUGGUUUUCUAAAUUCAAUGAUUUUACUAUCUGGUAGAAUUCAAAUCUUUGCAAACUGCAAGAAUUUAUAAUUUCAAAUCAUUAUCCAUCACAAUAUAUGAACAAGGAAUGUUCUAAUUGGUCAGUAUGCCAAAAUCCGUAGCCUCCCCCUUACUGAAGUGUAUCUUUAAAUAAUAACAAAAAGAUACUCUAAUCAAGCGUUCGUGGAAUUUUGUUUACUUGAAAUGCAGAAAUAUGAAAAACUAGAGAAGAUAGGCGAAGGCACUUAUGGAACAGUCUUCAAAGCAAAAAGCAAAGAAACACAUGAAAUAGUUGCUCUAAAAAGAGUUCGUUUGGAUGACGAUGAUGAGGGUGUACCAAGUUCAGCAUUACGGGAAAUCUGUUUACUAAAGGAAUUGCGUCAUAGGAAUAUAGUUAGGCUUCAUGACAUCAUGAUUAGUGAAAAGAAACUGACAUUAGUUUUUGAAUAUUGUGAUCAAGUUAGUCAACACUCAUUCAUUUUGUGUUUCUCCUCUUUUUCAUUACAAUAUUGCCAAUAUACACUCUUCCAGGAUUUGAAAAAGUAUUUUGAUAGUUGCCAAGGCGAGGUUGAUGCAAACAUUGUUAAGUCUUUAAUGUAUCAACUGUUAAGAGGUUUGGCAUUCUGUCAUGCAAAUAAUGUACUACAUCGUGAUCUGAAACCACAAAAUUUACUCUUAAAUAAGGAUGGCGAGUUAAAACUGGCUGAUUUUGGAUUGGCGAGACCGUUUGGCAUUCCUGUACGUUGCUAUUCCGCCGAGGUGGUCACUUUGUGGUAUCGACCUCCUGACGUUCUUAUGGGUGCCAAAAUCUACACCACAUCAAUUGACAUGUGGUCAGCUGGUUGUAUAUUUGCAGAAUUAUCAAAUGGAGGAAGGCCGCUUUUCCCAGGAAGUGACGUUGAUGAUCAAUUGAGAAAAAUAUACAAAAUUUUGGGAUCUCCAAAUGAGGAGUAUUGGCCUGGAAUGACGAAAUUGCCUGAAUACAAAGAUUAUGGUUUUCAUUCUCCUGUAUCGUUAUCUCAUGUUGUACCAAAACUUUCAAAUGUUGGAAGAGAUUUACUGCAGAAAUUACUCGUUUUCAACCCUUCAAUGCGAAUGGCCGCCGAUGUUGCAAUGAACCAUCAGUACUUUAACGAUGUGAAUCCUUCAGUCAAAAAUUCAAUAUAAAAAUAUGCACUGAUGCAUGUUAGCUGGUUUACGCCAUCCUAGAAGUGAAAAAGUUAAAAUCGUAAACUCAGUCCAAAACAAUCCAAAUGAGCUCUUUUAAGCAAGAAAAAAAUCCCGUAGUAAAAAAUUGAUUAUGCUUAAGUGUAUUUUAUAUAUUAAUCAGGAAUAUAUUAUAAUAUCGCAA